AUGCUGUCUCCCCGCCAUAGCUCCCACGAAAUCGUCGAGGGUGGAAAUUACACCUAUCAUUGGGGCUACUUUACUCGACAAGUCCCAUGCACCAGCGAUCCGGGGGCCUGUGCCUACCUGGACACAGUGUACCAUGGCCACGAUGUCUCGGUCAUGUAUAGCGCCAUCAUGUGGGGAGUGAUCCUCGGCAUUCUCCUGCUCCUCUUCAUCGCACACUACUGCAACCCGAUCGCGCGAAGCAUCACUAAGAGCAAUGCGACGGAAUGUCCGCGCCGAGGCCAGAGCACCUUGUAUCGCGUGUCGCGCAUGUUCGGAUCCAUCUACCACCGGCACUUCCUCCGUGAGGCUCUGACGCCGAUAUUCGGCCACACCACGCGGUUCAACAUCCUCCUCCUGGCCAUCAUCAUCGGCUACCUGACGAUCUUCACCUUUGUGGGAAUCGUAUACAAGACUUGGUACAGCCCGGUAAAGGGACACCCGGAGCUGCGGACGACGCGCGUGGGACUGGGCCCGUGGUCGGACCGCAUCGGGAUUCUCGCCUAUGCGCUCACGCCGCUCACCGUGCUGCUGUGCACGCGGGAGUCGCUUCUCUCCCUCCUGACGGGUAUCCCGUACCACCACUUCAACUUUCUCCACCGCUGGCUGGGCUGGAUCAUCUACAUUCAAUCCGCACUGCACACGCUCGGAUGGACCGUGAUCGAAGCAAAGCUAUACCAGCCGCAGCCUGAGACAUGGAACCAUUUCAUCGGACAGCAAUACAUCAUCUGGGGCAUCGUCGCCAUGAUCUUCCUGACGUUCCUGGUCGUCUUCAGCACGAAAUGGGCCAUCCGCUGGACGGGGUACGAAUUCUUCCGCAAAUCGCACUACGUGGUUGCCAUGCUAUACGUCGGCGCAUGCUGGGGGCACUGGUCGAAGCUUGCCUGCUGGAUGAUUGCGUCCCUGGCGGUGUGGCUCCUGGACCGUGGAGUCCGCCUCCUGCGGACGUUCCUCCUCCACACGGGGAAGCACUCGGAUAAGACCCACGCAGUAUGGGGGCUGCAUGUGCCCAAGGCGCAGAUGGUCUCCUUCCCCAGCGAGGAAGACGGCGACGUCAUCCGCCUCGACUUCAAACAUGACCACCAGCCCUGGGACAUCGGACAGCACUUCUAUCUGUGUUUCCCAGAGCUCAGCGUGUGGCAAUCGCACCCCAUGACCCCGGCUACCGUCCCGGGGCUCUCCCCCCAACACCACACCUACAUCAUCCGCGCCAAAAAGGGCCUCACUGGCGACCUGGCUAAGAUCGCUCGGACCCCGCUAGUGCAAAGCGAGCUGCCGAGUACGUCGAUAGUCCUCUCAGGCCCGUACGGUCAAUCCAUUGUGGACCACGAUCUCCAUUGCACCGACGACAUCAACCUGUUCUGCAUCGCGGGCGGCACUGGCGUCACCUUCGUCCUGCCGCUCCUGCAGGCAAUCACCAUGACGAGCCUGUUUCCCAAGCGGCGGAGCCAGGUGGAGUUCAUCUGGAUUAUCCGCCGCAAGGAUAACAUCCACUGGCUUGGUGAUGAGAUCGACGCCCUCCGCGCAGUGGCCGCGACGUGUCCUCAUUUCCGGAUCCGCAUUUUCGUAACCCGUGAAUGCGGACCAACUUCGGCAGACAAUGCGGGUUUUGCCCGGGGAGAAAAGGAAGUCGACGUUAAGCGCAGUCCUUCGUCGUCCUCGCUGACCUCCCUUGAGGGAGGUGCAACGGCCGAUAGCCCGUUCUCGGUGCACUGCUUGGGUACGCCUGGGGCGGACGGACGCUCGCCACAUCCCGACGUCCAUGGCCUGUUGUCGGACUUUUUGUCGCGAACGACGCAAGGCCCUACCCGGGUAUUUGCUAGUGGGCCGACCGGGUUGAUUUCCUCGCUGCGGACGGCGGUGGCUGCACAUAAUGACCCGGCGAAGGUGCUGAAGGGCGAUGAACGGUAUGACGUACAGUUGAUACAUGACGAUCGGUUAGAGUGGUAA